UACAUUAUAACCGCUUCUCUAGGUAACGUUUUUAAUUUCCAGAACAAAACGCUUCUGGAAGGCUCGGUUAUAGGCUAACCCUACCACAAAACGCUUAAUAUAAGAGCGUUUAACUGUCGGCAUUACAAACCGCCUCCGCAAGCGGCGGUUUACAAUGUCAGGAAAUAAACCGCCUCCCCAAGCGGCGGUUUACAAUCUCAGGACAUAAACCGCUGCCCCAAGGCGCAGUUUGUGCCUGGUCACCCGACAGCCAACAUGUCGGACAUGUCAGCAUGCAGGAGGUAGGGCUGCAUGGCAGACCUAAAACCGCUCCCCCCCCCCAGCGGUUUUGAUGCAAAAUUUGCCUAUAAAAGGCGGUUCCAGAGAACUCAAUUCUUCACACCUCCUCCUCUUCCUUCUUAAAAUUUCAGCUUUAAAUUAUUUAGUUUUUGCGAUUAACGUUAAUUCGUAAGUUUGUUUCGUAAUUACUUUUCAUUGUCCUUUGUGAUUUUAUGUUAGUAACUUAAUUACUUUCCAUUGUCAUUUGUGAUUUUAUGUUAGUAACUUAAUUACUUUCCAUUGUCAUUUGUGAUUUUAUGUUAGUAACUUAAUUACUUUUCAUUGUCAUUUGUGAUUUUAUGUUAGUAACUUAAUUACUUUUCAUUGUCAUUUGUGAUUUUAUGUUAGUAACUUAAUUACUUUUCAUUGCAGAUGGCAUUCCAAAGGUUCACGCUUGGGUUGCGGUGGAAUGGUUACACGGAAGAGACCGAAAAGGGUGUAAGUUACGUCGGUGGCAAUUUUUAUAAAAUGAAGGUCCGUACGAGACCGAUGCUUGAGGAGCUCCAUCAAAUGUGCACUCAGAUUACCUGCAUGGAUGGCACUAGAAGAGUUGAUCGAAUGGUGUAUCGAUAUCCAAACAGACAUGACGGGUCACUGUGGAAUGAGGAAUUCCUCCUUACCACUCAGGAGGAGGUUGAUGCCAUGGUCCAAUUUUUGACCACCAAUAAAAUUAAGCAAGCUGAGAUGUUCGUUUACACCGAGGUCGUCGAAGGCAGUGUAGGUCAUUCUGGAGAUGGCCAAACAUCUGGUAUCCACGGUGGGAGUGUAUUAUACGAAGAUCAUCCCCACCAGGAUUUCCAAGACUCGAGCUGGAGGCAGGAGUAUCAUCAUGGUACUGGAGGAAGUCAUCAAUCCUUCCCUUCAUAUGAAGAAGAAGCUCAACAGGCGGAUUACAACCAACAAGCAGGCUACCAAAGAAAAAGUUGUUUGGAGGCAGAUCGAACUUAGCCGCAACCAACAAAAAAACUAAUUCUAAGGUUGGGAGGGGAGGGGUUGGGUAGAGAGAAGUUAGAGGGAGAGAGGGGAGUGUGGUGGAUGGUGUGCAGAAAACAGAAGAGGGAGGGGGUUUAUAUAGCCUUCAAACCCCGUGGGGGAGGGUCGGUGGAGUAAUUUCCGCCACCAAAAACCGCGCCUCCAGCACGCGGUUUGCUUUUCCCGACGGUCAAACCGCGCCUCGGGAGAGCGGUUUUCGUUUCCCAACGGUCAAACCGCGCCUCGGGAGAGCGGUUUUCGUUUCCCAACGGUCAAACCGCGCCUCGGGGAAGCGGUUUCUGUGGGCGACACGGAUUGCUGACUUGGCACGCGUUUUAGCCGUCAGAACGCUCCUCCAAUUGGCGGUUUGAUGCACCGCCACGUGGCAACACGGUUUGACAACCAUGCAAGGUCAAACCGCGCCUUGGGGGCGCGUUUUUCUCUAUAAACGCCGCCUGGAGACGCGGUUUCAUUAAAAACCGCUCAUUAAAUGAGCGGUUUUAUAUAAAUGAUGGUAUUUUUGGAAAUUAUUUGGUCUGGGUGGUAUUUUUGUAAUUUUUUUUUAAACGGUGGUAGUUUUGGAUUUUUUCCCAAUAAAUUGCCCCCAGGAACCAUUCGUAUCUGGAUACAUGGUCUUGUAAAGAUAAUGAAGCGAGGUGUCUACA